GACGAUUGAGUUACGUGACCGAGUCGACAGCCGUCUCGCCAUCAGUACUGUACGUGACACCGACAAUUAUCAGUCUAUCGGCUGAGGUGGAGUGAUUUGUUAUGGUUGCAUUCGAUGUGAGAUGCUAAAAUACUGCAUUUAAAAUGGAACAGCCAGAUCAUAUAUUCAACGAGGAGAAUGUUAUCGAACAAGUGUUUCUGCGUCGCUGCCUUUACGAUGCUAAUACAGAAGGAUACAAGGAUCAGCCCACACGUACCAAGGCGUGGGAAGAAGUUGGAAAACACAUGAACGUGAAAGGAGAACAAGCCAAAGAGGUAUGGGAAAAACUGCGUCGAUGCUUUAUGAAUGCCAUCAAGCGCAGAAAAAGUAAAGCGAUGCCUCCAUGGCGUUACGAACAGCGGAUGUCCUUUCUGUAUGAUCAUAUUGACCCAUCGAAAAUACAUGGAAAGUAUGGUUCAGAAGAUCUGUCGUACUACUCAGAAGCGGAUGAUAUCCGAUUGGCUGAUGCAAGUGGCAACAAUAAUUCGAAAGUAUGUGACGAGAUAGACAUUCAAGCAAUCAUUAAACCGGAGCCAGAUAAAACGCGUUCCUUGAUGGAAUUUAUCCAACCGCCGUCGGUAUCCAAUUGCUCUAUGAGUGAUAAUGAUAUGAAUAACGACACGAUACCCGGAUCCCGCUUCGAGCACGUUCCAGGUCCAUCGGAGUACGAUGAAGACGAUAUGGUUUCCCAGUGCAGUCAUCGAACGAAGAAACGACACUUACCUGAUGAACCAGGCAGUCAUGGCCUUGGAGUAAAGCGACAGAGAGCCAACAGCCCCCAGGUAUCCAUUCCAAACGAGCAAAUUUUAACCUGUGUCAACGACAACGAUGAUGUUGACCUGUUCUUUUUAAGUAUGGCGAAAACGGUCAAAACGUUGGACCCGCUCGAACAGGCCAAAGCAAAACUACAAAUCAGUCAGAUAGUGUUGGGGGCACAAAUUGCUUCAUUGAAACGAUAUACGAAACAAAAAUAAAUAUUUUAUUUUGAAUUUAGUGUUUUGUAAAUAUAGUUCAAGUUGAUAUAUUUUUCUCAAAAUAAACGAUCUCAAAGAA